AUGCAGAUUGUCUGGGGCGUUCUCACCUUCUGCACGAGUGCGGUUGGAAACGUUGAGCAGAUAUACGGCAUACGCUUCGUCCAGGGCAUGGUCGAGUCCUCCACGUUCGUCGGGACGCACUAUAUUUUGGGAUCAUGGUACAAGCCUGGAGAGCUAGGUAAACGAUCUGGCAUAUUCACUAGCUCAGGUCUAGUGGGAACACUGUUUUCGGGCGUCCUUCAAGCGGCCGUAUAUAAGCACUUGAACGGGCACGCUGGUCGAAGCGGCUGGAGAUGGCUAUUCAUAGUGGACGGGAUUAUCACCCUUCCAAUUGCCCUAUACGGGUAUCUCGUAUUCCCGGAUGUGCCCGCAAUUACCAAUGCAUUUUAUCUCACUGAUGAGGAGCGCCGUCUUGCGGUCAAACGACUAGAAACCGACGACUUCGAGGUCUCUCGUUCCAACCCGUUCUCCCUGAACUUGGCGAAGAGAGUACUAAGUCGGUGGCGGUGGUAUGGCUGCAGUCUCCUCUUCGCAAUCUCUGGCGAGACCGAGUCCUUCGGCACCAACAACCUAAUGGGCCAAUACCUCAAAGCCCAUCCGACACAUACCUACACCGUCGAACAAAUCGAUUUCUACCCCUCCGGCGCAACGGCGUUUGCCAUCCUCUCCACCCUGAUAUGCGCGACCUGGACCGACCACACGAGAAUCAGGUGGCCCGUGUUGGUGUAUAUGAGCGUCUGCGUCCUCAUCUCCUCGGUGUGCAUCUUGGUCUGGAAUUCGCCGACCGGGCUGAAGUUUUUCGCGUAUUAUCUAGCAGGCGCAUCAUAUGCUGGCCAGGCCACGACAUUUGCAUGGGCAAACCAAAUCUGCGCAGAUGAUGAUCAAGAGCGAGGCGUCGUCCUCGCGUCCAUGAACAUGUGGAACAAUGUCAUCAACGCCUGGUGGCCUCUUGUGUUCUACCCGGCGACGGACGCACCGCGGUUCACGAAGGGCAUGUAUGCGAUGAUCGGGGUGGCGAUUGCGACCCUCGCAGCGACGGCGCUCGUGUGGGCUCUUGAGCGGCGGGAACGUGGGACGGGGACGAGGCGGCGCGAGGGUCUUGCUCACACCCAUGGGAAUCGAAGUUUGCACGAUGAGAAGGAUGGGAAAGAGGGUGCACGCCAAGAGGUUGUUGAUAUCUAG